AAGUCGUCAGGAUUCUGGACGGAAGUGGAUUCCAUUUCCUUCCCAGGCCCCGCCCAGGGGUGAUGGGACUACACUUCCCAGAAAGCCUUGCGUGGGGGCGGAGACGGCAGAGAGGCGAUGGCGGACUCACUGCCCCUGGAGAUGCUCACAUAUAUCCUGAGCUUCCUACCUCUGUCAGAUCAGAAAGAGGCAUCCCUUGUGAGUCGGGCUUGGUACUGUGCAGCCCAGAAUGCCCUUCGAGAGACAAAUGUGCGGUACAACAUUCCUGUGUCCUCUGCCUCACUCUCGGCCAUCAAGAACUUGGGCCUCAGGGGCAUUUCACACAUCAGCUUGACCAAUCUGGAUGGCUCACCAGCUUCGCACCAGGUACUGCAGUCUGUUGCUUACCACUUAGGCCCACACCUGGAGAGCCUGUGCCUGGGUGGGGGCAGCCCCACAGAGGCAUCCUUCUUGGCCCUGAUCCUGGGAUGCCCAGUCCUGCGUACCCUUGAUCUCAGCGGCUGCAACAGUCUUUUCACAUCAGGCACUCUGCUGGCUCAGCCUGAGACAGCGCAGUGUGUCCGAAAGGCAUUGAGUGGCCUCCGUGAUCUUAACCUGGCUUGCCUGCGUGACCUGACCGACCUCAGCUUCAACCAUCUCAGUGGUUGUUUCCCUAGCCUGGAGCGCCUCUCCUUGGCCUACUGCCAUCUUACCUUUGAGUUAGGCCCAACCUGGGGCUCCAUUACCCCGCAGGUUUCCUCUCCCUCCCAGCUUUCCUUCCACAACCUGCUUCAGUUCGUCAAAGAGCGAGCUGGUAGGCUGCGUGCCCUAGACCUUAGUGGUACUGGCUUGCCACCUGAGGCCCUACAAGCCCUGGGCCAAGUGACUGGAUUGCAGCUGGAGGAGCUGAGCCUACACAGCUGUAGAGACCUCUCCUCAGAGGCUGUGGCCACCCUGUGCCACCAGCAGCCUGGUAUUACUUCCCUGGACCUCAGUGGCUGCUCAGAGCUGACCGACAGGGCACUCUUGGCUGUGAGCCGAGGCCUCCAACACCUGCGGCACUUGAGUCUGAGGAAGCUGCAGCGGCUGACUGAUGCGGGUUGUGCAGCUCUGGGGGCCCUGCAGGAACUGCAGAGCCUGGACAUGGCUGAGUGCUGUCUUGUCAGCGGUCGGGAACUGGCCAAGGUCCUAGGCUCAGUUCACAGAGCUCCACUUGCACUGACUUCUCUCAGGCUGGCUUACUGCUCCUCACUGAAGGAUGCCUCAGUGCUCUCCAUGAUCCCAGCACUGGGCCCAAACCUCAAAGUGCUGGACUUGUCCUCCUGUGUGGCCCUCACUAACCAGACCGUGCAGGCCAUCUGUACCUACCUUGUUCACCUGUCAGUCCUGCGCCUGGCCUGGUGCAAGGAGCUCCAGGACUGGGGGCUUUUGGGGCUGAAGGAGCCAAGUGAGGAGCCUAUGCUAAGUCCCCAGCUACCCCAAGAGGUGGAAAAUCAGGCCCCAGACCCUCAGGAGCCUAAUUCUGAGUCACAGGGCCCCUCCCUGCUCAUGCUUCAGGCCCUGCAGGAGUUGGACCUCACAGCCUGCAGCAAACUGACUGAUGCCAGUUUGGCCAAGGUGCUCCAGUUCCCUCAGCUGAGGCAGUUAUCACUGAGCCUACUGCCAGCACUCACAGACAUGGGCUUGGUAGCUGUGGCUAGGGGCUGUCCCAGCCUGGAGCGCUUGGCAUUGAGUCACUGCAGCCACCUCAGUGAUGAGGGAUGGGCCCAGGCAGCCAGGUUCUGGCCAAGGCUGCAGCACCUCAACCUGUCCUGUUGCAGUCAGCUCACAGAGCAAACUCUGGAUACCAUUGGGCAGGCAUGCAAGCAGCUUCGAGUGUUGGAUGUGGCCAUGUGUCCUGGUAUCAACGUGGCAGCCGUCAGGCACUUUCAAGCACAGCUGCCUCAGGUGACCUGCAUCCAGUCCCGCUUUGUGGGAGGGGCUGACCUGACCCUGACACUUUGAGCCAGAUCUACCCCUCUGGAGCUGACAGCCUUCUACGCAGCUUUGCAUCUCUCCCUCAUGCCUCUCUCUCACCAAAGGUCUCUGCAUCCCAUGGAGGACAAGGGCCAGGGCCAAGCAAGGUUGGGAAAUGAGGGCAGACUACCAGGAGCCUCUGAAGUGCGGCCUCCAGACAGACCCCUGUUGCUGAGGCCUAGGACUGUGUCCAUUUGGGGCAAUGUGUCCAGCCCUGCUGCUUCUCUUGGCAGUUGGCUGACAUGCCAAUCUCUUCUGUGGCUGCUACCUCAAAUGACAGGUCAGCUCUCUCUUCAUGUCCAGAACUGACGACGCUAAGGACUUAUUUCAAGAAGGGCAAUAGUCCCUACCUGUCUCCACCCAACACCAGCCUUCCAAAGGCAGUAGCUGUCCAAGUGUAUGGUCUUACCUGGUGCCCUUACAUCAUUUACUACGUUUGAAGACAUGUCCAUGUUUAUCAACAGGCUUAGCCCACAGGUUCAGAGCCGAUUUGACACGUAUCUAUAAGCCAAGCCAACUUUAUUUCUGCUAGAGGCUCUGCUGGUCAGGUUGUCUGUGCUUUCUUUUCAUCCCUCUUUGUGGCUG